AUGUUUACAAAAAAAGAAGAUGAAAGAUUGGUGGUGAUGCUUAUUUACGUAGAUGAACUCCUAUUAACUGGAAAUGAUUUAGCUUUGAUUAAUGAGUUGAAAGAUAUGCUAAAUCGUAAUUCUAGGAUAAAAGAUCUAGGAGAUUUAAAAUAUUUCUUGGGGCUUGAGGUUUUGAGGUCAGAAAAGGGAAUUUUACUGAACCAAAGGAAAUAUGCUUUAGAGUUAUUAAAGGAGAUUGGUAUUGAGGGAGUUAAACCAGCCUUUAAUCCUUUAGAACAUAACUUGAAGCUUACUACCACAGAAUAUGAUGAACACUUGCAACAACUAAAAGAUGAAGUAUUAGUUGAAGAGAAACCAACAUUCCAAAGGUUGAUUGAAAGACUAAUAUACCCAAUGCAUACUCGACCUCGACCAGAUAUCAAGUUUGCAGUUCAUCAUCUCAGUCAAUUUAUGCAACAACCAAAAAGAAUACAUUUCGAGGUAGCAUUAAGAAUUGUUAAGUAUUUGAAGAAAGAACCGGGUCAAGGGAUAUUGUUGAAAAAAGAAAGCAAGAGCCAAUUAAUAGCAUUUUGUGAUUCGGAUUGA